AUGUCGUCGUCGAACUCGCCGUGCGCGGCGUGCAAGCUGCUGAGGCGCAAGUGCACGCAGGGGUGCGUGUUCGCGCCCUACUUCCCGCCGGACCAGCCGGCCAAGUUCGCCAACGUGCACAAGGUGUUCGGCGCCAGCAACGUCUCCAAGCUGCUCAACGAGAUCCCCGUGGCGCAGCGGGAGGACGCCGUCAACUCGCUCGCCUACGAGGCCGAGGCGCGCCUGCGCGACCCCGUCUACGGCUGCGUCGCCUACAUCUCCGUCCUCCAGCUCAAGAUCAAGCAGGUGCGCGAGGAGAUCGCCAACGCGCGCAAGGAGCUCGCCGGCUACAUCGGCCAGGCAGCCUACGCGCCCGUCGUCCCCGUGCAGCACCCCCACGCGCAGUACGCCGCCGCCGGCAUGGGCCUCGUCCAGCCCCACCCGCACCCGCACCAGCAGAUGGCGAUGCAGCAGCAGCAGCACCCGUACCACCAGCAGCAGAUCGCCGAGGCGCAGCACCUGGCGGCCGUCGUCGAGGUGGCGCGCGCCGGGCAGCAGCAGCAGCAGCAGCAGCAUCACCACCAGCACCAGCAGCACGAGAUGAUGAUGAUGCGCCAGACCUACGCCAACGUCCACGGCGGGGCCGCCGCCGGGCCAACGGUGGCCGUCGAGCCUCCCCAGCAGGCCGCGGCCUACGACGGCACCGCCCCGUUCCUCAUCCAGCAGCAAGCGUCGCCUUCCGCCCUGACCUACCGCAUGGAGGAGCCGUCCCCGCCGCCGCAGUCCUCGGGCCACUCCCACGUCGACAUGUCCCACGCGUCGCAGCAGCAGCGUCAUCAGCACACGGACGGCAGCGACGAGGGGAGCGGGGGCGCCCCGACGGCCUGA